CUCGUACUCAUUUUACUGUUUUUCGCUUAUUAAAAUCCCAGUAAUUCCAUUAAUUUUAAGUUUGCCGUAGCGAAAAGACAGCUGCGCUUCCGUUUUCAGUAGUGGUUACGGCCGAUCGACAUUUUCUGGAGAAUGGUUUCUCUGGGAUACUUUUUCCAAGAAAAGCUCUCUUUAGAAUUACAGGAAUCAGAAGCUCAUGGCGCUUUUCUCCGUGUUAUCGAACUGAUGAGAUCUCCGAAGGCAAUAGAUCAUGUGGAAGGUGUGCAGUUGUGCGGGCAAAUUGUUUCACGUUAUGCCUCACCCACAAUUGUCAAUUCUGCAUUUAUGAGAAUGGCAGAAACCUUCCGAGCCGGAUCCAGUGUUCUCCAAGUUGAGGUGCUUCGGAUAAUCCAACGGAAUACUGAGCAUUUGAAAAAAAUUCAGAACCAUACGGAGUUCAUCCGUCCUAUUUUCUCCGUUAUGUACAGCAAUGAUCCUGUUGGUCGAGCCAUUACACUACGACUCUUGGCUGCUAUCGCCGUUAAUGUUCCAGAUCAGUUUGAGACUCAUCAUGCAGUUAGAAUGGCCUUGCAGUCGUCCAACAGAAACGAACUGGAAGCCGCUCUUGUUGCCUGCCGAAGUUUAGCACGAGUUACACCGAAGUUCGCUGAAGCAAUCGCGGAGGAUAUCAUUUCUCUCAUGGAGAAGCCGCACCUUUCUGAUGAUGAGAAAAUAACGAUUCUGGAAAUAGUCCCCUCUAUCGCCUCGUCGAACCUGGAAUCCGAAACGCUGAUAUUCGUUGUGUCCAAGUUGUUGUCCAGCGAUAUGACAAAUCAGAGCUCCAGAUUGGUGGAAACAAUCUUUUCGACUUUGAGCGGGUUGCAUAAACGGAAUACGGCUCUGCCAUUGAUCGAAAGCCAUUUGGCAUUAUUGGGUAGGUGUAUUGGUGACUCCAGAUGGGAAAUUGCUCGACCAGCUUCAACUGAACUGAUGCGCUUUUUCGAAUUCUGUGCAUCACGGCUUCCAACGGAUUCAGCACUAAAUUUCAUCAAAACUUUCCUUUUAUCGAACACGCCGUUCGUAGUUAGUCAAGGCUUGAAAUGCUUGUUCCUGUACCUUCGAAACACUUUAACUGACCAUCGCGCCUGCGUAGCGGACGUGCAGCUGAUGGAUCUGCUUCCGGAAAAGACAUCUCAGCUCAAAGGGGUUGUGCGGGCAUUUGCUUUUGCACUAUACUGCAGAAUGUUUGCUGUGUCUUGUUACAACCAGACACCGCGCCCCGCUACGGCAGCCAGUAAAUCUGAUGAUAUGUUGCUGAAAAGAAGUGAAACGUUAAAGAAAUGGAUGAGUGAUUUAGCUCAAAACGCCACCGAAACGCAGAACAGCGGUAUACUGCAUUACGUGCUUUUCGGACUCAGUCCACGAAACUAUAAGCACUUUUUGAGUCAAAUCACGCAUGAGUGCUUAGAAAUUCUUCCAAGAUUUGCCAUUCCGUCAGAAAAUUUUGAGCGGAAAAUUGUUAUUUUCAUACAAAAUAUUUCUGAGGAAGAUCCUGUUCGGGCGCACGCCCUGUUGGAUAAAUGUUAUCCGUUGAAGUCAAUUCUAGCGGGAAACAAAACGUAUGCCACUGUUGCCGCUGCUGUUGGAAUUUCGUUGCGGAUUCCAGAUUUCAGUGAAGAAUCUCAGCAACAUCUUGCCAAACAGAUAAUUGAGUCGUGCGAGAUCUCAUUGUGGGAUCUGUACAAAUUAGCCCGCACGGCCAGUGUCGAUGGUCGGCAUUAUUUCGCAUCGGAAAUUUACAACUACCUGGCGGCUGAUGAGCAAGUUCACGGUUGUCCCCACAGCCAUGGCUGGAUCGAGGUGCUUCGUCAGAUGACCGACUACGAAAUUAAUAAAAAGAAACUGCUCGCUCCGGGCAGCGAACUGGAUGACAUUGCGGAUAACCUCGGCGAUUGUUUGAUGGAAUUUAUGGAGACUAGUGUAAAGCUGACGGAAUAUCGUACACCAGAUCGAUAUGGAUAUUUCAAGAAAAACUUUCUGGAUGUUAAAGUUGGCUUUCAGAGAGCCUGGGAGUUGAUGCUAGAGACACUGGAGCAAAUUCGAGGUCGUGGCAUGGAUAUGGGUGACCCGGAAGAGGAUCUGGAACAGGUUGCAUCGCAUUUGCUGCUAAUGCGAGCGACGUUGCUGGAUCCGAUGAACGAAUUCCGCACGGUUGCAGAACGAUGCGAUAAGUUAUACAAAAUGUCCUUCGAUGCCGACGGACCAUCCCUAGGUGUGGUGCGGCUCUAUCACCAAAUUUGCUGCCGAUUUGCUGUUUGUCUGGCCAGUCUGGGUGGGCGCGGUUUCUCAGCGGAUACCGCCAUUCCAUCGACACCGCUUGCACCACAGUUGGGCGUGGCAGCAGCGCUGGAACGUUUGGACAGCCUCUCGAAAACCACUUUGUCUAGCAUCUCACCUACCGAUUUUUAUGAAGUGGUCAAAGAACUGUUUCGCUUGUCCGGAUUCUUUUUAUCCCUGCAAGUGCCGAUACCCCGCUAUUUCUUUCAGCAGUAUCAGUCGACUAGUCUGGCAGUCGUUAUUACACCAUCAUCAAAUGCUGAGACGGAAUUCGCUCAGACGAUCAACAUGGACACGAGGUUCACUCUCAAAGUGGACUGCGCGCUGACAGUGGAAAGGGAGAGAGGCUGUCAACCGAUUCGGACAGUCAAAGAUGUGCGGGUAACGGUGCGAAUGCGCUUAAUGAAGAGUCUGCCGUUUUCCUCCAAAGUGAUUCACAGCCUGGAGACACCACCGGAAGUGCUGGUGCACACGGUGCCGAUGGAAGAGAUCAAUUUUUUCUCGCACAGUUUUGUGAUAUUUUUGGGUUAUCCGGGAAUUUAUCGUAUCAGUGUAGAUUUGGAACUCAUUGAUUGUAAGCUGUCCUCUUGGGAUGCGAUGCAGAAUGCUGAGCUUUAUGUCAAAGUGACGGAAGGUUUGGGCGGACCACACAAAAGGAAAGCACAGGACAAUCCUCCUCAAGACAAAAUGGAAUAGCUUGUUUCGUGUCCUACGUCGUUGGCGUGAGUUUUGGAUACAUUCAGCAAUCUUUCCGGAUUUCUGUUUCAACACGGUUUUAUGCAGCAGAGUUUUCCGUAGUUGCCGAUAUGUAUUGUUUACUUUGGGGUUUGUUGUAUUUAAAAUAGUACCGUAAUGUAGACUUUGGUUGUUCGGUACGUGGAAUCGUGAAUCGUUUUCUAUGGUUUUGUUUUGUUUGUGUUCGGUCUGCUAGCACAAACCACAGUGCACACAAUAACACAUGUGUACAAAGCCACCGCCUGCGCCGGCGCUCAUCGUAAUUUUCGAGGUCUGACCACCGUAGUCCAUUUUCCUGAUUACAGUACUAUAUAUAU